GGAUGUCAAAAGUGAAGGCUGAAGACGAGCCAGCCAGGAGGAGAUGGAAAUUGAGAUCUGAGACUGUGACAGUUUCCCUUCAGCACUUUAUCAGCUGGGAUAACCUGCUCUCACAAUGACCAAGAGGCCCCCAAGCAAUGAAGGAGCAGACAAAUCAUGCCAGCCUUGCGUAUGGAAGCCUCUUGAUUGCUAGAAGGCUCUGGCGACAGGCCCCUCUUAUUUCCUUGUUUGAGAUCGAUGUUUGUCAGCAUUGUCCUCGAUUACGAUGAAUUGUGAGGCAGCAGCAUACAGCAACCAUCAUGCUCGGCGUAAGCCAAGGUUGUGCAAUGACUUGAAGGUGAAAAAUAGAUUGAGGUACUGAGCAACAACUAGGGGAGUACCAUCUGGCAGCAUACAGAAUACCAGCUCAUUAAGAUUUUGUAUAAAUUCACCACGAAGUCAUUAUUAAGAUAUCAUACAAGGGUAAAAAGCAAGGCCCGAGAAAAGCGGAGCGCCACAGGCACAAUGGAUGAUGUGACUUCCAUCGCAGUGGAGCAGAUUGCAUUGGAAGGGCCGGAAGGCUGCUCUAUCCCCACACUGUGGACAAUCCUUCAGGAGCCCCUUCAAACUGCAGGCUUCUCACUCGACCCCCCCCUCUGCGCAUUCAUCUGGAACUAUCUCCUCGACACCUCCGAAAUCCACCUGUUUUCUCCCCACCCCCUGGACAAAAGCACUCUCAGCAGCACAGGAGAAGCUCCCAGGAGACCCCCCCAUGUUUCAAAACCUGCUACCGGAGAAGCUGCCCCCCCGGUCACAGGACAAAAAGUUCCAGCGAGGUACUUUCUGGAGAAGGCGCAGCCAAGUUUGCAGAUUUGGGAAGAAGCGGCUGCGCUGGGGGGGGGCUCAGUGCGCGUGCAGGCGUCGCUGAGGCUGCGGGAGAGUGCGUUGGGGCUGUAUGAGAGGGUGCUCUCUGGGUACGAACUCAGUGCGGUGCAGUAUGAGUCGCUCGUCAGGAUUGGGCAGUCGAGGGAGCGAGGCGCUCUCCAGACCGACCUCGCCCGCAGCUUCGGCAUCGCGCCGACCAACUACUUUUACCACCUACGCCAGCUGGAGACACGUGGCCUCAUCACGCGGCGCCAAGUCCUUUUCCACGCUGCCGCAGGCAGCUUCCCUGCACCUACAAACCUGGUCCACCUCAUGCGCUUCGGACGGUCUGUGAACAUCGACCACCGGACGCACUUUCGGACGGGCCCAAGCGACACGAAACGGGGCCAGAAGCAGCUGACGUACCCAGGGGAAGCGUCAGCCCCCGGGAGACCGUCCGAAUCAGGCGCAGGGCCGUCCGAACCGCGAGAAGGGCCGUCCGAACACCUCAACCAAGCAGCUGGGGCGUCCAAAGCCGGCGCAGGAGCGUCUGAAGAUGGUCCCGGACCGUCCGAACACGAGUUCGAGUUCGUCGACCUGACACGCCAGCUGGAGGACAUCUGCGGGGUCCUCGGCGCCGCGCGGGGCGGCGUUCUCGUAGAGCCGGAGCUGCGCGCGAGCAUGGGGUACACAAACAAGCGCGAGUGGCGCGCGCUCGUGCGGCGGCUGGAGGCGGAGGGCCUCGUGCGGCAGUUCCAGGCGGAGGUGAACGGGCGCGCCAAGGCGUGCCUGCAGCUCAAGAGGGGCUUCCACGAGGCUGCCGAGCCGCAGCCGGAGGACGAGAUGGAAGAAGAAGAGGGCCCCGAGGGCGUCGUCCUCGACGUGCCGGUCGACCAACAGAUUUACGAGUGCGUACGCGAUGCUGGGCGGGAGGGCAUUCGCUCCAACCACUUAUGGAAACGAUUGCACCUCAACCGGAAGAACAACACGCAAUGGUCGACCACUCUGAUCGAGAGCGGAAGCAUCGUCCAGCACGCGGAGACGCUCAAAAAAGCGGUGCUUUAUCGUCUGUGGACGGCAGGGAACUUUCCGGGGGCGCCGGAGAAGCAGACGCAGGAGCCCCCUGAAGCGGAGAAGAGCGUGCGGGGGGGUAGAGAGACGCGGGCGGAGACGCCCCCGGAAGCGGAAACGAGGGGGAUGGACGAUGAGAAGAUGGAGGGAGCCGAAGUUGGGAGAACGGAGGAGCAAACGCGUGGCGAGCAAGAGGAGGGGACACGUGGCGGCCAGGGGGAAAGCUCGGCGAAAGGCCCUGUGAGUGAAGGAGCUCGCGAUACGGCGCUGGUUGUUUACCAGGGCGCGGAGCAGGAGGGGCUCGGACAGGGCCCGCACGUGAGCCGCUUCCGGCGGACGUCCAAAAUGGUGACCAGCGACGCGCGCGUGCGGCAGGAGCUGAUUAUGAAGAAGCUUGAGAAGGACAAGUUCAUCAUCCGCAGCACCCUCAGCCGGUGGCUCGCCCUCGAGAUGGGGCGCGACAAGCCGCUCGAUUUCAAGCUCGUAACCCGCACGCUAACCGACCUCCAAACCGAGGGCCUCGUCAAGGGCGUCCUGAUAACCGUCCCAGACGCGGGGGAUCCCUCGAAAAGCAGACCGGUAGAGGUCGUUAUCCCCGGGGACUUCGAGCCCGACCAAGAAUUCGCCGAUUUUAUUGGUAAGACAGCCCGGGGAGUCGAGCGCAUCAGCCGCCAAACCGGGUUCCAGACGAAGAAGGCGGUAACGGCCCCGGCAACGGUGACGGUGGAGCGUCUGGAAAACUACAAGGCGCUGCAUCAGCGGAAACGAGAGGCGGCGGAGAAGAACCUGGACAUGCAGAACGCGAUGAAGCACAACGGGUACUUGUACUCGAAAGCGCUCCGGGCGCGCGCGCUGCACUUGUAUCUUUGGCAACACGUUUUCGGUUCUCCAGUGACGGCCGCAAUGGAUCCUGCUGCGAACAAGACCGAAGCGGUGGCCGAUGGAAGAGCCGUCGGUUUGGAAACGGGAACGGAGCCCAUUAGUGACGGGGAAGCAAACGAACCGGCAGUCGAAGGAGAGGCAGGGACCCCAGCGGAGGAUCGAGAGACUGCCAGCGAAGUUCCGGGCACUGAGCAACGGCAAUCCCAAGGCGCUGCUGACGUCACCAAGCGGGCACGUGACUUCGAUCGGCCGGUGGGGCGGAUCUGCCGCCCGGACGUGUACGAGACGCUGCAGAGCAUCCGGGAGAGCCUGGCGCGGGCCGCACUGGGCGGUAACGUCAGCAUCGGAGGCGCCGUUUUCGGCGGAGAUGCGCCAGCUCUAGAAUUUGCGGCCGGAGCAACAGGCCCUCGUCAGGGGCAGCCAGCCCCGGCUGACGUGGCAGACGUAGAUGCUGACGUCGGCAUGUUUCCGGACCUCCUUGGUCAAGGUGGCGACGCUUUGGGAGCGGCAGCGGGUCCUGAGAUUGGCGGCGACUCACGGGCCCGAGUCGCGGAAGGAGGCGUUUCGGAAUUGGAUGACGUCAGCGGGUCGGGGGAACGCCCUGGGGGCCGGGCAGGAAAAUCCUCUAAACCGGGACCUUCAAAUGUCGUUCCUCCGAGCAGCUCAGGAGUGUGGGCCGGGAAGGUUCGGGGAAUGAGGCCCUCGGUUAAGGAUCCCCGUGCGGCUUUUGGCGAAGGUUUAGGGGCGGCGCAAGAAGUUGUGGAGAGGGUUAAGAAACUGGUGGAAGGCGCGAAGGCGGAGCAGGAGUCGGCGCUGGAAAAGUACCUGCGGUUCAAGGUGGUUGCCGGGGGGGCAUCCGGCGCGGCGGCCCUUAGGGCUGCUUCUGCGGGGGAGGCUCUUCUGAAAGGAGCGGUUGCGGCGGCAGUCGAACGCGUGCAACGGGAUGAGAACUCAAACCCAAUGGUGGCGGGGGACAACGGAAACCGAGGUGACCAGUGGAUCAACAUUUUGGAGAUCAUGCGGGACAUGCCCGUCGAACUUUACAUCAAGAUCGUGGGUUCCGCGCUGCCUUUGGAGCGGGUUAACGAGCUAACCCAAAACGGCGCCCGGGUUAGGGACUGCACGCCGGACGAGCUGCGGACGGAGAUCCUGGGUCCGCAGGCGAUGACGCGCCUGGCCAACACGGUCGACAUGAUGCGCAGGAUGGAUUUGGUGACCCCUAAGACUCUCGAAACCAGUGAAGUCGGAAACGGCGGUCCGUCUCUUGGGCUGAAGAAGCUGGGGGCUCUGUACAAGCUGAAUGACACCAUCUACUUUGAGGAGCCCGCAGACGGCGGCCCGGUUGUCCACUCCUUCAAUACAUCCGACGAGUCCGACGUCCUGUCUUACUGGGAUCGCCUCGAAGCCUGCUUCAGCGGGCUGAGAAAAGAGGACGCCCGGGCCGCGUUCCCUGGAGUUGUAGCGUCCGAAAUCGUCGGACGGGUUUGGGCGACGCGGCACGAGCUGACCCCGGGGCAGCGGAUCGAGCUCGGGCGGCGGAUUCCGGCGGAAAAAGAGCUGAGCGCGGAAGAGGUGGAGAAGAUUGCCAAGGACACGGGGAUUGCUACCGAGCAGGUUUACAAAGUGUACUACGAGCGAACUCGGCGGACGCGUUUAAGCAAGCUCCUGUCCUUGGGUUUAUCUCAAACGGAGGUCUUGACCGCCUUGCGCAAGAAGAAGGCGCUCAAUGACUCCAAAAAGUCGUCGCAAGAGCCCCCGAAGCAGGCCCCCGAGCCGGAGUCCGCCGAGGUGCAGCGCGCUCGCGCGCGCAAAACGCUCACCACCGAACGGAGCCACGUCCGCGCGUUCAAGCGGAAACAAGCGCUCGCCGACGCCGAGCCCCCUCCCCCCUUGCUCGGCAAGCGGGGGAUCCCCGGGCCCCACGCCAAGGACUCCCCCUACCUCGCCUGGGCCCGCGAGAACGUCGAACACGUCGAUGUCAGCCGCGCGUCUCCCGCCGACGUCACCGCGCUCGUUGCUGACGACACCAGGACCGGGUUCGCUGACGUCACCCUCGGGCGGGCUGGUGUCACCGACGGUCGGGCUGACGGCGCCCGGCGAGGAGCGGGGAAGCGGUCCCCGGCGAAGCGUUCCCGGUUCGCGGCGCCAACUAGAGAGGAGAGACUCGACGCUGAUGGCAGGCUGGUCGUGCCCUCCCGGGUGCGAAGAAAGCGCUCGCGAGCGAAAGCGGCGGUUCGCGCCGAGGGGUUUGAAAGCGAGGGCGAGGAGUUGGGGGGGUUUGCAGGGCCGCCGCUGCGGGACGGGCGGAUGAGGAAGAAGCCGUUUGCGAAGCGGAGGAAGCGGUUCCACUGGACGGCGGAGGAUACCAAGCAACUGAUCGCCGCUUAUGCCAUAUGGCACUCCAUCCACGGUAAGCGUAUGCCCACCGAAUGGGAUGCGGUCCCUGGUCUCCCCGCCCCAGUCCCCUGCUGCAAGCGCCAGAUGACGAAGCUUCGAAACGAUAAGGCGACGCUGGAGGCCAUAGCGUAUGUGGUCGUGCUGGUCGCUGAUCGGCGCGCCGCGGCUCUGGCAGCGGAACCUCCCCAAGAGGGGGGUGCGCAGUCAGAGGAGAAGGCUGUGAAUACGCCCCCGGAAGAAGAGCAACCGAGCGAGUCGGAACACAUCGUUCGAGAACUGAGUCUCAUGCUAGAGAAUGAGAAGCAAAGGGAUCGGGGGUUCAGUAAAGAACCGAAAGUGAAGGGGAAGAGAAGCACAGCGGAGCACCGAGCGAUGGACCGAGUGCUUCUCCCCCCCAGCAACCUUGGGCCAGGUGGCGGCGCGGAGUUUGCCUGGGAUGACGUCACCGAGCCGGAGCUCGCGCGCGCUCUGGACGAAGUCGCCCGGUGUUUCGAGGCGGUGAAAGCGGCGCAGAUGAGCUCCGGGGGGGUGCCCCCGCCAGUCGAAGCGGCCCCCCACGGACCGGGAACCGAGGAGGGGCCAGCGAGAGGGAUCGCUCGGCAGCCUGUUGGUGACGUCAUCGCGGUCGAAGAGACUGAGAGGUUGGAGGACCGGCCGGGAGUGGCGUCCGCUCUUGGACUGAUCGAGAUCGGGUUGCUGCACGCACGUCCGAACGGCGCGAUCUCGGAGACGGUGGCACGUGCGCUGAAGCGGUGCGGGGAGGGUGACGUGGCGUGCGCGAUGCAGCAUCUACAGGCGCGCAAGUUCGUGGUCCAGAGCAAGCCGACGCGCCCCUUCCGCAUGGCCGAGAAAUUCAACCAGCACCUCGCGAGCUCUCCUUUUCCGCUGGGCAUCGGCAAAUCCGCUCGUGACUUCCAGUCCGCUCUGAAAGCGGAAUCCGCCGGAAAGUGGAUCUCGCUGCCAAGCCUCCCCUCGGAAGGCCAACUCGCACAAACUCUCGCGAUGGUCGUCGAAGGCAAAGCGGAGAUUGAGCCUUUCGAGCCGGGUUUCGCUCCGUGGGGGUCAGAAAGCCUGGAAAACGGUCCCCCCAGAGAGCGGGGGCCGCCGGAGUGGAAGCUGGGCAUUCGGAUAAGGGGGUCGGACGGAGUGGAAGCGUUAACGAAGGGUUCGGAAGGUUUGGAGGGUGGUUUGCCAGCCGGUUUGGACCACGGUUUGGCAGGAGUUCAAGAGAAGGGGGGAGCUUCUGAUGCGCAAGCGUCAUACUCGGCCGGGAAAGCUGUAGAAGCGCCCCAGAAACAGAAGGGGCCGUCAGAGGAAGCGCUAGCGGAAUCUUCGGAGCAGGCCGCGGGAAGCGGGCCGAGAACUCGGAGGAGGGGACGGCGAGACGGGAAGGCCCCGGAAGCGGCUGAAGUGAGCCGUCCGGCGGAAUCACGGGAGCGGAAGGAAGGAGCGGACCAGGGGGGAGCACCGGAAAUGCAGGAAGGGGGGCCGGGUACAUUGGAAAGUGGACUCGAAAAGUCGACUGAUGCGAAGGGGAAGAGGCGGAUGGAGGAAGACGAGCAUGGGGGAAGUCGUGGCAAGAGGCCCCGUGUUGAGCGGCCGUCGACCGAGACGGGGCUAUCUGCAGCGACAACACUGUUUGCGGGAACAGAAACAGGGCCUUCUGCGACCCAUGAACCUGAGGCGAUACCAGGGCCUUUGCCAGCCGUCGACACGGGGCCCCGUUUCGAGGAAGCGACUCUGGGGGCUGUCGCGCCCCAGACUGACAACCCAGUACCGGCCCCAGAAACAGGGCCUGCGGAAGGGAACGGUGGACUCGAUGCUGCAGGAGGCGGUGCUGACGUGAGCGUUCCGGCUGCGGACGUCAGCAAUCUCCUGAAGAUCCCCCAGUCCUAUGCGGGGCCCCAUGCCGGGGCGGAGGUCGAGGCCGCGUUCGAGCUGUGCUGCGGCCUCUGGUGUUCCGAUGACGUCACCGUGACAUCAGGACGGCCGUGCCUGGAUCGGCGCGCCCUGUGGUGGGUGUUCGAGGCGGCGAGAGCAGCAGGGGACGAGGGGCUGACGUUCGAUGACGUCAGCGAGAUCCUGGCGGGGCAGGAGGGGGCGGGUGUUCUCCCCCGGGAAGUGUCGGGGCAGCAAAGCGGUGGGAAUGGGCACCGGGCAGGGGCGGCGGAUUACGUGGAGGCACUGGAGAUGUUUGACUUGGUGCAGCGGAUCAACUCGGUGGAUUCCGUCCGAAUAAUGUCCGCACCAUUCUCGGAACGGCACCUCCUUCCAGUCCCUUCGGACGGCGUCAAUCAGCAGCUGCCACGUGGCGGUUCCGGAGAUCCGUUGCAAGUGGCGGAGCCCACACCAGGACCGAGCGGCGGAAAGGGGCCGCCCCAGGGGGUUGGAAUUCAGCCCUGGCUGACCCCCCGGGGCGGAAUGAACCGGGCGUUUUGUGCGCUGCUUAGGAGGAGGAUUGUGAGCCUGGUGAUGGCUAACCCGGGCAUCCCUGAGGAGCUGCUGCUGCCCCAAGUCGAGGUCCUGACGCCGCAAAGCGGCCGCGACUUUCUCGACUCCUUGGUAUCGGACGGCCACCUGAGCGUCCGAGCUAUCAGAUCAACGGUUGCAACAGCAAGGCCCAGCUUCGACGUGCCACGUGGCCCCUCAGAGAGAGUCACGAAGGGACGCGUCGUUAAGCAUUACUUUGCCAGCCCGGCCGUUAUUGCUUUGGUGUGA